AGGGACCUUGGAAAGAAUGUUGUCGAUAGUACGUACGGUUUCGCCCUCGAUUAUCAUUCUCUUAAUGCUCGAGUGUUAUUUGGGGGCUCGCGGCUCCUCGAUCAAAUCGUUGGACGUGCCGCUCGUCGUCCGCAACGGAACCGGACCGGUGGAUCUCGCCUGCGUCUAUGAAGUUGAUGACUACGAAAACGGACUUGUAAUCAAAUGGUUCCACGAAGCGUAUCAAAUCUACCAGUGGAUCCCGCCGAUACCACCGCAGGAUAUCGGAGUCAUUAAGGGUCUCGCGGAAUAUCCGGUCGAGAACUUGAGGGACCCGUAUUCGCGUUCUGUAAUCCGACUGAAGACCAUCACUGUUGAUAUGGCGGGAGAAUACACGUGCGCGAUCAGCACAUUCCAGGACGAGGCGAGCAACUCGACGAAAAUGAUCGUCUAUGUGCCGGAAAGUGACAUGACCGUGAGCACUUACCCCUUUAACAAGACUCACGUGAAUUUAACAUGUGUGGUGACUGGUGCGCGACCUCGGCCGUCCUUGAAGCUCUACGUCGAAGGAGUCGAGAGCAGGAACGAUCGCAGGAACGACCACGAGUCUUCAGCGGACUGGUAUAAGGGUAACCCUCGGGUGUCGCUGAACGUGGUCGUCGAGGACACGCUGGAUCCCGCAGUAGUCGAGUGCGAGAUGUCGAUCCCCGAGACGGAGUACAAGCGACGAGAACGGAUCGUCUACUACCCCACGCAAUUACUAGCCUAUCGCACAAAUGUUUCGCAAGGGAGGCACCGUGCGAAGUUGCUUGUCGAUAUCCUUUACGUUACUAUUCUCAGAUUGAUAUUAACGUAGGAUUAAAGUAGUUCAGUUUACGCCACAAAUAGCGCCGACAGGUUAAAAUUAGGCAGGUAUUUAAUAUAUUUUAAUUUUAGAGUUUAAGUAUCAAUUCUCCCGGCGCCUGGACGAUGAAAGGAUAGUAAGCACUUCUCUUUUUAUUAACGUUAUUAUCAUCUAAAAUUGCGUGCGUCAUUAUUAUUAUUAUUAUUCAUCCACGCUAUUAAUAAGACGAUGUUUUCUUUUCGUAUUUAUUUUGCGGCAGAAUAAAGCACAUUCAAGUUGUA